CCUCCCCUCCUCCUCCUCCUCUUGCACUCCUCACCCGCUCCGGACCAGAGGCGCCGCACGAGGUCCGUCGAGGAGGUGGUGGAGCAAGCCGCGUCCGGGCCGUCCGCGCCGUGUAUCUUUCACUGUACCGCGCAGCGUUUACAUGGCGCCGAGCUACGAGAUGGCCGCCUCCAUCCUGCUCUGCGCCGAGGACAGCAGCAGCGUCUUCGGCUUCGGCGACGAGGAGGAGUCGUCCUCGUCGUCGGCGGCGGGAGGGUCGCCGUACUGCGGCGGCGAGCUGGCCGUGGAGUUCCCGCUGCCGUCGGAGGAAUGCGUGGCGCGCUGGGUGGCGACGGAGGCGGAGCACAUGCCCAGGGAGGACUACGCGGAGCGGCUCCGCGCCGGGGGCGUGGAUCUCCGCGUGCGGGUCGACGCCGUCGACUGGAUAUGGAAGGUUCACGCGCACUACGGCUUCGGCCCCGUCACCGCCUGCUUGGCCCUCAACUACAUGGACCGCUUCCUCUCGCUCUACCACAUACCCGAAGGCAAGGCCUGGAUGACGCAGCUGCUCUCGGUGGCGUGCUUGUCGCUCGCUGCCAAGAUGGAGGAGACUUCCGUGCCCCAGUCCAUGGACCUGCAGGCCGGGGACGCGCGGUACGUGUUCGAGGCCAAGACGAUCCAGAGGAUGGAGCUGCUGGUCCUCAGCACGCUCAAAUGGCGGAUGCAGGCCGUCACCCCCUUCUCCUACCUCGACUACUUCCUCCACCAGCUGAGCGGCGGCAGUGCGCCGUCGAGGCAGGCCGUCCGGGACGCCGCCGAGCUCGUCCUCUGCAUAUCCAGAGGGACCAACUGCCUGGAGUUCCGGCCCUCGGAGAUCGCCGCGACGGUCGCCGCCGCCGUGGCCGGGGAAGAAGGCGCUUGCUGCACCCACGUAGAUAAGGAGCGGGUGGUGAGUUGCCAUGAAGCCAUGAUCCAGGCCACCGGCGCCACUGUGCCGCCACCUAAAACCGCAAGCCUGAUGAUGGGCAGAGCCUACUCCCCCGCCAUGUCUGCGCCGCGGAGCCCCACCGGGGUGCUGGACCUGGACGCCGGCUACCUUAGCAGCUGCACAAGCGACGGCACAAGCACGGCCACCAUGGCAGCAUCCUCGUCGCCUCCGAGCGCGAGCUCCGGCUUCGACAGCUCCCCGGUCAGCAGCAAGAGGAGGAAGAUCAGCAGAUGAUGAUUUGGACGAUGAUAUGCUCCAACCCCACCGGUCUACCCCCCCAAAAAAAAUCUUGAUAGAUUGAUUAAAGGUCUCUCGGUGCGCAAGUCAAAUGAUUUCGAUGCACUGCGAUGAGCUUUUGAUGGCGCUGAAAGGACCAAAGGCAGCGCGUUGUGGACAUGACAAGAGCGCAAAGACGUCCAUGGAUGGAUGAAUAAAGACGGGCCAGGCUCGGAAUUACUGCUACUAUCGGUAGGCAGGGACAAUGGUGGUCGUUCCCGAAAGAGCAAAGGUUUUGUGCAAUGACGAAGCUGUGGAUGCGAUGAGAUGGGACGCCCAAAAAUAAUAAGACGGCGGCACAACGCAAGAGCACCGACUGUCCUAGCUCUGUUUUAGCUGCUGCUUAGUUUGCACUGUCCUGUAACUUUCCCCUGUUUCCUUUGUGAAAAAUGAAAAAAAAUGAGAGCGAAACAAAAACAAAAUUUUGGGCGUCGAA